UUUACAAACAUAUAACGAUACUCCCGGGCUCAAACCAUUUACUUUAGGUAAAUCUGUAAAUCUUAAUAGCUACUUCUAUAUCGUUUAAAGUUAUCGACUCAUUCAAGUACCAGGUAAAGAAUAAUGCUCGUAAUACUUAGUUUUUAUUGGUAUGACUACACAUGGCUAAAAAAGAGCAAUGUUAGCUAACUAUUUGAUUUAAAUAUGAGCUCCUUAUAUUGCUGGUUGCUUUUACAUAAUGAAUAUACUCAAAGCGACAAUAAAUUGCUCACAAAUCUUGCUUGUAUUCGACAACAAUAUAGGCGAAGCUAUGAGUAAAAACAGCCCGUCAAAUGACAUUAAUGAACAAAAGGGAAAGUUAGGAGAUAACCGUGCAGAUAAUGUCGCAAUUAGUAGCAUCAAAGAGGAAAAUGUGAAUAAGUACAAAGAAUAUGACAAAGAUUCUGAAAAUAAUGGGAUUUUUAGAGAAAAAGCAGACGAGUUCAAAAAUGGCUUUGGUAGAAUCAGAAGUCUAAUAUUAUCACAAUUCAAUAAAUUAAAUUUCUUGCCGGAGUCAAAACUUACGUUGAAACAUGCACGCACUGUCGACAAUCAAACGUUUACUGACGACAGACUGACUUCCCAUGGUCAAAUUCCAAAUUAUAUUCUUAAAACGCUAAUGAUUGCUGACUACCAUGCACGUGAGUUCACAUUGAAACCAUUAAAUUCAAACCAGCCUGGCAAAGUUUGCAAUACAUUAAACGAUGAAUAUGGUUCUGAUAGUGAUAGUGAUAACGAUGGUAAAGAGAAUGAGAUGAAUUCAGAUAAAGUAAAAAGUGAAAGUGUUGAAGGAGUUAACCCUAUGGAUGCAUUGCUAGGGAUUUUUCAUUGUUCCGAUGAUUUCUUACGACGAAAUAUAGCAAUUAAACUUAGCGCAUGUCAACUCAGCGUUCCUUUCAUUUUACCUCAUCCUGACAUGCCGACAGAAAGCGUAACAAUCUUACUUUCAGCGUUAGAAACAAUAACAAAGUCUUGGAAAGGUGCUUCAUCGGACAACACUGCGAAAGAGGUGUACGCAACUGAGCAUCCAUUUCCUGUCGUGUCAUUUAUCCGGGUGGGUAAUGUGACCAUGUCUAAAUCUUCUCUGAUGAAUAAGAUCAUCAGCGAUGGUAAUGGUGAUCAUGAAUUCUUUUUUCAUAAAAACAUCAAAGGUGGUGAUGUUAAAAGGAAAGUCGUUGAUGGUUUGGUAGAACUUGUGUGGUAUCUUCCUGGUGGAUGUGACAAGAACGCGUUAAAAAAUGAAAUCUGUUUUGCCAAUCUACGUGGAGAUGCCCAAAAUUUUAAGAAGCAAGUUAAUAUACUUAGACAGAUAUCAAACGUCUUGUGUAUUUUAUUGCCCUCAGAAAUGCCUGACGAACACAUGAGAAACUUCUUGAAUGAUGCUCUGCUGCUCAAUGGCAAAAACAUGCUCAUUUUUAACGAAAAAAGGCGAGAAGAAGAAAAGAAAUUCUACAACAGUUUGAGAAAUCGACAUUCUACAAAAUUAUCAUUUUUCACAAAGGCACAAAAGCCAAACGAAUAUAAUUUUCUUCAAAGUAUUCACCAGGCUAUUAUGAGCAAUAUAAAAAAGGAUGAAGUGAGGUCUUUAGUAGAACUCAGACAAUGGUCAAAAGAAAGUGGCAUUUAUUUUGAUGAUGACAAGCCUUAUGUUGACUUAGGAAAAACUGUGGAAACUUGGCUAACUUCGGGGUAUAACGAAGCAAAAAACCUGUUUAAGCUACAAAGUCAUAUACCAGUUUUUGCUGACUUAGAAAGGAAGAAACGUAAUCCAAAAGUUCGUCGUAGCAAUGAAAAUACGACUCGGCAAAACGAAACCGAUGAAUUAUAUAAAGAAAUUGAAAAAGAAAGAGAUGCUCAAAUGUGUUCUUUUGAGAGAAUGGAUGACGACGUCAUUCAUUUUCUUAAUUGGAUUACUGUAUUGGAUGAAGCUGAACGAAAUAAAAAUUUGUAUCGAGUAAAGCAUUCGUUAGAUAAGACGUCGCUUUCUGUGAUGACAAAGUUGCAUCAACAAUAUCGCCAGGCUUCACUUUCCUUUCAAAAAAGAAAGAAAAAGAAAGAGUCACGAUCUCAGGAAGAAAAGCGUUUAAAGGAAUUGGAAGCAUCGAUAUCACAGUCUUCGUUUGGUUUGGAGCAUAUCAUUAGAGAACUUUCUCAACUUUAUCAACUUUCCAAUGUUGUAACGAAUGAUUAUGCUGGUGCUGCAGCAGAGAUUCUUCUAUCUGGUCAUCCCUUGGAAUUACUGGAUGGUGAUUCAGGUUACAUACCAAUGAAAUGGUUUAAUGCUGUUUUUAAAAAGUUGGAACGCAAAACAAAAAACGCUCGAAUUUACGUAAUUUCUGUGUUAGGUAUUGAAAGUUCUGGUAAGUCGACAAUGUUAAAUGCAAUGUUUGGUUUGGAAUUUCCUGUAAGUGCAGGAAGAUGCACUCGUGGUGCUUUUGCAAGUCUUGUUCCUGUCAGUGAUCAACUUCGAUCCAAGUCAAAUUUUGAUUACAUUCUAAUUAUUGACACAGAAAGUUUGAGAGGAUUGGUUGAUACAAAAUUGGGAGAACACGAUAAUGAAUUGGUAACCUUUGCUGUUGGUGUGGCUGAUGUCACGAUUGUCAAUAUUUUUGGUGAAAACCACAAUGAAAUGAAAGAGUUUUUGCAAAUGGUUGUUCAUGCUUGUCUGAAGAUGAAACUUGUAAAAGAGAAGAAGACUUGUAAAAUCGUCCAUCAAAAUGUUGCUGCCACUAACGCUGCAGAUAAGCUUACAACUGAUCGGAUCAAUUUGAAACAAGAUUUGGACAAAAUGGCGAAGCUUGCUGCUGCAGACGAGAAAUGCGAAGAAGAGUUUCAAAAAUUAGAUGAUGUCAUUGCAUUUGACGAAAACGAAGACAUCUUUUACAUGCCAAGUCUUUUGAAAGGAAAUCCUCCUAUGUCUCCAAUAAACCGAAAUUAUGGCAGAGCUGUUCAAGAAGUGAAAGAUAAUAUAAUUCAAUUAAUGUGCUCGAAGGUAGUAAGUAGAAACGAUAUUUCUGUAUUCCGUGAAAGAGUAAACAUGCUCUGGAAAGCUAUGCUGAAGGAAAAUUUCAUUUUCAAUUUCCGAAAUGUAAUUGAAGUUAGAGCUUUUACAUCUUUAGACAAAAAGUAUUUUGAGGAAUUUGUUAAAAAUUUGGUAAACGGAAUGGCUGAAGUUGAAAGAAAAGUACAAGUAGACUUGAAGAGAUGCACAACGCGAAAGGAACGUUCUGAACAGUGGAGAAAAAGCAAAAUAAAUAUUCGCAAAAGGGCAGAAGAUCUCAAGAAAAAAAUGAAAAAUUCUAUGAAGAGCUUUUUUGAGGGCAGUGAAGAUAGCUCAACCCUUGAACAAUGGAAGGAAAACAUAAUGAGCAGAAUUUUGCAGCAUAAAGAAAAUCAUCAAAUGACUGUAAUAAAAAGUUGCGAGGCAACUUUCAACCAUUUGCAGCAGCGACAGGAAGUCGAAGAAAAGAAACAAAAAUACGAAAAGCAGCUUCUUCAAAAAGCCCGAACCUUUAUUACAUCUGCUCAGAAUGCAGAUGAUGUGGAAAAAUGCAAUGCAGCAUUUCAACAAGAAUGGGAUCAAUGGAUCGUCGAGGUUCCUGCUUAUGAAGAAACGAAAAAAAACGUAAAUAGUGAAAUGGUAGACGUGCUUUGUGAUACGAAUCGUGCAUUUAAUGUUGAUAUGAAUUCAAAACUUAACGAUAAGAAAUGGGACAUUUUGAAUUUUCACGGGGUUGAUCCUUUCAUUGAUGCGAAUAAGCUUUCUAUACAGCAAUCUAUUUUAGAGAAGAUGGCUAGUUGGGUGGGAUUUGGUAAAAAUGAGGCUGUUGUCAUUCUUGCAAAGAAUAUCAAAGACGAAGCUGUCUCUAAAGGAGUUGCCUUUGCAAAGGACACUUCCGAAACUGCUGUUAGAUAUUCUCGUAAUCACCUAACACGUAUGUACCAUGAAAUUGUCUCCACUGUUGAAAAGGCAACUGAAAAGGAACGCUUUAAAUUUAAAAAAGAAUUGAUUUGUGAUAUUUUAAUUUACACCUUUGCACUCACUGUUAAAAUUUUUGAUGAAAUGGAACAGCGCUAUUGUGAAGAACGAGAUAUCAGGCGUGACCUUCAACUAAACUUGAGACCAAGGCUAGAAACGUAUUUUGUUAAUCUUUGCAAGGACAUCGGGAAAGAAGUUUUGGCUGCUAAUUCGCUGGUCGAUGUGCUAUUUGAGCCUAUCAAAUCAGAGCUUAACAAGACCAUGGGACCCGCUGUGACUGGUGAACUUUUAACAAAGAGCAUUUUUCAAAGCAAAGGUCCUUACCAUGCCAGUGUUUUAAUUCAACUUGGAGAAGGAAAUAUGUUUGAAUUGUUUGUUCCGUAUUUUGAGAAUCCCGUUAAGUUUCUGAAGAGUAAGUUGCAGGAAUCAGUGGAAGAUUAUUGCUUAAAGAAAGAGCUUUCUUUGGUUCAACUGUUGGUAAAGAAGGAAACACAAAAGAUUGAGUCAAAUAUUUCAUCUGCUAUUGAAUUUGCUAGUAAGUUAGCAAGACAUGAAGUUGUUCUAGGAGGUGGAAAGUUCAAAGUGAUAAACUGGAUUAAUCACUUUGUGCUAAAAUGUUCUUCUCUUGCAAUCACAAAGGAGAUGUUUGGAGUGGCCACAAUGAAUGAAGAUUUGAAAGAUAUUGACGUAUUCGACACAAAAAUUCGUCAAAGAGUUUCGGAAUUUGUGAAAACGUUGGCAGAAUCUGAUGUGGAUAAAGAAACAGUUGGGAAAUGGGAUCCAGCUCCACAUGAAAAUCUUUUCCCUGCAAUGUUUGGCUGUCAAUGCGUUUGUCCAUUUUGUAAAGGUUUGUGUGAUCACACUACAAAAGGCCAUCCAGGUAACCACUCAACACGAAUACAUCGUCCCCUGGGCUUGACAGGUUAUCGUGAUGUCGAAAGCCAAAUUUUAGAUUCCGGGAUUUGCACAUUCUAUGUAGACGGGGAGGGAACAUUUGAAAAUCAUGCAACAGAUUGGGAACCACAUCCCUACAAAGAUUAUCAGUCAGUAAACGAUUACUACAAAUCUUGGACAAUUCCUCCAGAUCCUUCAUUCGAAGCUUCUAAAUAUUGGCAAUGGUUUAUGGCGAAAUUCUCCAAAGAACUAGCAGGACAUUAUAAAGCAAAGGAAGCAAUUAUUCCUUCAGCUUGGAGAAAAGUGACCUUCAAGGACGCCAAAGAACAACUCGAGCAGAUCUACAACCUCUGAAAUUUGUGUUCAAGGCAUCGCUUAAAGAUUGAUUUGUCUUUUAUAACUUAGUCAAUAAAAAACCCAAUGAAUUAUUCAUCAGUUUAUUGUAUUAAAAACCUUAAAUUUCCAUUAAAUAAUAGUCUACUUAAAUUUAGAUAAAUGCCAUAAGUAACCCGAACAUUACGAUGAUAUAAACUGUAUAUAAAUGUUGACACAAUAUCUACAGAUGUUGCGACGACUUCUGUUUACUGUUUUCUGUUUUCUGUCGACUCAAUUGGUGGCGAUAACUUGUAGAACAUUUUGAACACGAUUACGACACAUCAACGUGCUGGUGGAUAUUGAGUGAGGUCUUUAUGCAUAGAGAAUCAUUCUGAUCAAAAGAGAUGUUUAAGACCAGUCAUCGGUGAGGACGAAGGAAGAAUGAUACCAGCUAUCUGUGACUUGAAACUGUGGCACACACAAGCAUAAAGCAGUUUUUAAUUAUUUAACUUUGUAAAAUUCUUUUUAUUCGUUGUUUGAUAUGUUAUAUUGACCGACAAGAAAUACUGGGGAUAGCUGCACUAAGCUUCUUUUUACUUUAAAAAGUUAAGGUUAAUGUUGGACAUGCUUAAAGUAAGUGCGGUUAGCGUAAUCAAUUUCAUAGCUACUUUUUGUCAUUGAAAAGCUUGUAAACUGUGUUUUGAUUUCCUAUUCAGUGAAUUGCUAAUUCACAUCUCCGCUUUUUCGGGAGAUAUGAAAUAGCAAUUUUCAAAAUUAUCAUAAGUGAAGGAAUACAACAGCAUAUUGAACGUUUGUAAUUGAUACAGAAAUAGAUAAGCAAAAGUCGAUGUAAAUGCUUCUCUUCGAUGACACAAGAUUUAGGACAUGCAAAAAACACAUUCAGAUCGAUACUUGUUGGGAGGAUUAUUUCAUAAAUUUAUUGUGAUGUAUGUGACUUAGCUUUCGUAAGUUUUAAAAACAUUAAUUUCACUUAUUUUUUCGCUAUUAUCGUAUAUUUUGUCAUUUGAUUUACCUAAUACAAUAUUUGAUUGUCAUGUAUAUAACUUGUAAUUGAAACUAAUGUGCAACUAAAACAAGCGAGAAUAUACUCCCGCAUGACAAUCGAAUUUUUUUGAUCAACUUCCAUCGUCGAGCGAGAUUAAGGAUCGUAUUGACGAAUUUGUCAUUAUUAACACCGAUAUGCGUUCUGUCUGAUUUCAUUUUCAAACGUUUAUUGUGUGAAUUUCAGAUCAAUAGAAUGACGAAUUGAAUGAUAAAUGUAAAACGUUAUUAAAACAAUGUGGAAAGUACCCUUAAUGAUGUGCAUUAAAUAUGCAUCAUUAGGAUGGCAAUGUAAUCUAAAAAACUGUAGUUUGAUGAAAAAUAUGGCUAAUUAUUCUGUUCUUAUGAAGAUAGAAUUCUGGUGCUUGUAUAAUGCAUGAAGCUAUGCAUACAUAGAAAUCACGAAUUUCAAAGGAAAGAUGUGGAAAACUGGAUGUGUAGUUUUUCCGUCUUCAUGCGUUAUGUAAAGAUGGAAAGUUUUUUUCGUAGCAUUAUGAAUAAAUAUAGGAGAGAGGGGAAUACCACUAAUUUUACUUGGCAUAGUUAAUGAACAAAAGACGUACAACGACUACUCAGUUGAAAAUUCAUAGACAAAGUUUAAAAAUUGUGGAAAAUGAAAGGAUAGUUUGUUUUGUCCAAUAUACAAGAACAUCGUGCAACUGUUCUCGGUAAAUUAUUUCAUGCACAGUUAUAUAUGUGCCGUAAUCGUGCAAAAUCUUUUUUUGCAAGAAUGAACCAUCAACCAUGGUGUAGUUUUUUACUUUUUUCAUGUCAAUAGUUAAUUGGUUAAAGUUUAAUUAGUAUUUGUAAUCAUGUGUGUUUGUUGCAAAAUGUUCCAAAAUGAAUAAUGGCAAUGGCAUUUCAUCCAAGUUGGGAUAAAACAAUUUUAGCAGCUGAUGACAUAUUUGGAAACAUUGGAAUUUGAAAUGUGGUGAGACUCUUUGAUUUGGUUUUGCUUUGCUCUCCAUUUUGAUGCCUUAUGUAGUAACAAACAAUUGUUGUGUUUUUUUUUGUAAUUAAACUGUUCUCUGAUAA